GCGCGCUCAGCAGGAAGACCUUUUUUUCCCGGCCGGGAGGCCUUCGUCGUGGGACGCGCGUCUCGGCGGCGGUUUGCCACGUCUGUGAGCGGCUGAGAGCGAGAGAGCGGCUGGUGCAGCUGGAGACCCCCUUCCGCCCCGGCCGUCACCAUGGUGUCUGUAAUUAAUACAGUGGACACGUCUCAUGAGGACAUGAUCCAUGAUGCUCAGAUGGAUUAUUAUGGCAUGCGGUUGGCAACUUGUUCCUCAGACAGAUCAGUGAAAAUAUUUGAUGUAAGGAAUGGAGGGCAAAUUCUCAUAGCUGACUUAAGAGGACACGAAGGCCCUGUGUGGCAGGUGGCUUGGGCUCAUCCCAUGUAUGGAAACAUCCUGGCUUCCUGUUCCUAUGACAGGAAGGUUAUUAUCUGGAAGGAGGAGAACGGUACUUGGGAAAAGGCACAUGAAUACACAGGGCACGAUUCUUCAGUGAAUUCUGUAUGUUGGGCACCACAAGACUUUGGCUUGAUCCUGGCUUGCGGCAGCUCUGAUGGGGCCAUCUCUCUGCUAAGCUGCAGUGGUGAUGGAACAUGGGAAGUGAAAAAAAUCAGCAAUGCACAUACAAUUGGCUGCAAUGCUGUUAGCUGGGCCCCUGCAGUUGUACCAGGAAGCCUUAUAGAACCGCCGUCAAGCCAAAAACCAAACUACAUUAAGCGUUUUGCAUCGGGCGGCUGUGAUAACCUUAUCAAGAUUUGGAAAGAAGAAGAUGGCCAGUGGAAAGAAGAACAAAAACUUGAAGCUCACAGUGACUGGGUCAGAGAUGUAGCCUGGGCCCCCUCCAUAGGCUUGCCAACAAGUACUAUUGCCAGCUGCUCACAGGAUGGCAGAGUGUUUAUCUGGAUGUGUGAUGAUCCCUCUGGAAAUUCAUGGUCACCAAAAUUGCUACACAAGUUCAAUGAUGUAGUCUGGCAUGUUAGCUGGUCCAUUACUGCAAAUAUUCUUGCUGUGUCUGGAGGAGAUAAUAAAGUAACUUUAUGGAAAGAAUCUGUAGAUGGACAGUGGGCGUGCAUCAGCGAUGUUAAUAAGGGCCAGGGUGCAGUAUCUGCUAUUACAGAAGGGCAACAGAAUGAACAGUGACAAAUGGGUUAACAUCAAUCCCAAAUUAUCAAUGCAAGGAAAUAGACAUGAUUUUUACUACUUUUCUUAUUAAACCAAAUUUAUUUGAUCUGGCACAAGCAAAGCUAACUGGUUGCAGGAAAGCUAUACAUACCAUAGCAUUUUGCCUUAAUUGACACUUGGUAAAAUUCAAGGCAAACUGUACAUCAAAAGGUAUUGCUCAGUUGCAGUGAGAUUUUUUCUUUUAAGCAUCACUUCAUUUUCUUCUUUAAUUUGCUGGGGAACUCUUGAUAAGCCUUCCAUUAACUCCUCUCCAUUAGGAGGAGAGGAAAAGUUUCUAUGGAUCAAUAUCUCUCUUUCAGAAUGACUUGUUUUACUUACUACAGUCUUCUUAUCAUUUAAAGCCUGGUAAUGUUUUCUCUUUCAACAAAAAGAAAGAAACUCUGCAUCAGAUACCUAAUACAGAAUUUGAACUUAAGCAAGAGAGAUGGAGACUGCCAUUUACACAUGGAGAAGGAUUACCAGAAAUUCAAAGUUGCUUUUGUUCUACAGUUUGCCCUUCUAUUAGUUGCAAGUACUUGUGAAAUUGACCUCCAAAAUAUUAUCAAGCUAAUAAACUCUAAGCCACUUUGUGUACCUCUUUUUGUUUAAAAGAAAAAAUAAAGUCUGAUCAAAACAAUCUCAAAUGUUUGGAAAGAAGGCUACUUUUUUACAGAGGUUAUUUUAUAUAUUUACUCCCCCUGUAAAUAUGUAUCAUCAAGUUAUUGGUCCAAAGCCUGCUUUUCCUUUUAACCAAAGGGUUGCUUCAUAAAGAAGUAGAGUGAGAACAGCAAGAGCUUAAGAAGAGCAAAAUCUUUCUGUGUGACAGAGAAGGAGAUGGGGCGACAGUAAACGCUGACCGAGUUAAAAGUAUUAAGAGCCAGAUUUGAGGACAGCGAUCAUUUCUUAAGCAGGCUAGUUCUUUUCAGCCUCCUAUUCUGCUUCGGUCAGAUAUCAUGGGCAGUAAUGUGUCUGCAUCUGGGCACUGCAGUUUUAGAAGGGUAUCAACAAUCUGGAAUGUGUAUAGAGAAGGAAGCCAAAUGAAGGCAAGGAGUCUGGAGAACAAGUCCUAUGGUGAAAAGUUGAAGGAGUUUGAGAAGAGAUGUGAUAUGAUGUUCAUCUAUCAUACAGAUGUUGGGGCCAUUUUUUCUGAUGCUCCAGAGGGUAGGACCUGAAGCAACAAAUUUAAACACAGGGUGAGUUUCUGCCUGUCAGUUGUUGUAGGAGUGAAUUACCUGUGUCAGCACAGGAUUGAACUACCGUACUUUUCUG